ACUGUUCCUAGAACAGAAGCUUUGGGAUGCAGAGUAACCGGAGGAGUAUCUUGGGAAUGGGGUUUGAUAGCGGACUGUACCUCUUGCACUGACGUUCCCAAGGGACCUUCCACAGCGGUAUCGGGUUUCUGUCUCUGUUCUUCACUCGUUCGUUAACACGAGCCACAGGGAUGCACCAAGCCGACUAAAUGCGCAAAGAGUGAGGCUCCAAUCGAGAGUAGGCUGAAUACUGUUGAAAGGACGUCAGACUAAGACUACUUUUUAAAGGCAUGAUAAGUGAGAUGUUUGUCCGGAGUGUGACAGAUGGACAAAUGAUAUUUAUUCCACUCCUGGGAAAGGGAUAAGUUGUGAUUGGUUCCAGUGACCGGUUGUGACUCGACUCAACCAUCUUUCCCUGCCGCGUUGCGCGCGUUGGCGAGCGUGCCGCUUCCUGUCGGUGCCCGCGGGAGUUGCUGGCAGGGCAACGCACUAGCUCAGUGCUGCAGAGAGACCCUUGGUGCCACUCUCCUUCCCAGUGCGAGAGAGCAGGCAGGCAUGAGGUCCCACGAGGGAGAGCUGGUGAGGGAGAUCUCCAAGCUGCAAGGCAUCGUGGCGGAGCUGAAGGCGGGCUUCUCGCGGGCGCUGCUGGAGCUCAGCCACAUCCAGCACGGGGACAGCCGACUGCAGAGCCAGCUGCAGGAGACCCAGAGCUGCUGCCACAAGCGCGCCCUGCACCUGGAGGCUCUGGUGCAGUCUCUGAGGGAAGAGCUAGGGGAGGUCCGUGCUCAGAUUAGGCUACUAUGUGGCGAUCGCUUCAAACCAGAACAGGAGUCAAAGAUGCCACAGUCUGCAGAGGCCUGUGCCCAGGGGUCAGGGGUCGCACAGGGAGACAGUGAGACUGGGCACAGCUCGAACAUGUGCCAGCGUGAGAACGGAGGGUGCCCGUGCCAGUGUAGCGGGAGCUCCGCCCCGGUGGCCCCCGGCGCGUCUCUGAAGGCGGGGCUGCUGCUGCACUGCUACCUGCAGGGUCUCCGAGCCGGGCAGUGCCAGAGCACAGAUGGUACAGUGAAUUGUCAAGUGGUGCCCAUGUGUGUGAGGGUUCCGCCAGCUGUGAUUGGUCCCUGGGCAGGAGAGGUGCCACGCCCCUGCUCUCUUGAGGGUAGGAGGCAGCAGGUAAUGGUGCAGUUGCUUCAGUCUGAGUGGGAGUACGUGUCCAGCCUGGGUCAACUCUAUGACAAAUACAAGACCCCACCCGAACAGGCCAACGACGUGGAGGCACAUAAGGUAUUUCUGAGACACGUGGAGCAGUUGUUGCAGCGCCACCUAGUGUUCAGAAACGCUCUGGAGGAGAGACUGGCUGCUGAUCAGUGGAGGUGUCUGGUGGGGGAUGUGUUCAGCAAACUCACAGGCCCAGGCGAGGGGGUGUUUUCUGAAGCGUAUCUGGGCUAUGUGUCCACUCUGCCAACCAUCCUCAACGCAGAGAUCAGCAAAGUGCAGCACGCAGCAAAGACACACAACACACAGGAUGGCCAGGAGAAGAAGGAGGGGUCGGGGCUCAUCUCAUUACUGUUCUCACCCGUCUCCAGGAUCCAUAGCUACUUGAGCAUCAUACAGGGCCUCCUCGACUGGACAGGGGGUGACCAUCCUGAUCGCCAUCUGCUUGAGGACACCCAAAGAAUUCUGGGACACAUCCGCUCCCGUGGCCACGCGAUGCUGGAACAAGAUGUGCAAUCAGAGGAAAGGCCGGCUGUAGUUACGGGUUUACGGUGUGAGAUUCCAAGUCCUGACUGCCCUCCGUCAGCUUUCAGCAAAUACUCGCCCAACUCCAGGGACACUCUGACGCGCUCGCAGACUCACCGCCAGGACACCCAGCCUGCCAACUCUCAUCCAUCCAGCAUAUGCCAUCCUGCACCCAGCUCUGCCAGCUGGAACCAUGUAGCCACGUCGCUGGGCUGCGAUACUUGGAGCUUGCCACCUGAUGCCACCCCGGUGCGGGUCCCAGGGCCCAGAGAGAGACCGGGUGACGUGCGCUUCCUCCUUUACCCUUCCGACCCAGGAGGGGGCGCCGCCACAGACAGUGAUCCUGGACAGGGCCCCUCCUCACAGCCACUGGGGAAGAGAAUGUACAACUCUGAGGUCUAUCACAUCAACAGCAUCUCCAUCCAUCCAUCCCACAGACCAGUGGUGGACUUCGAGACGGACCCGGAGGAGCUGGGCGAGGCGUCCGUCUUCGACUACUCCUCCGUGACCACCUGCAGCCCCGACGACACGCUGGAGCUCCACGGCAACGGCCUGGAGCGUAGCAACGGCACCGAGGAGAGCCGAGGCGAGGAGGAGGAGGAGGAGGAGGAAGAGGAGGAAGAGGAGGAGGACAGCCAGAUCCCCGUGCUGCUCAAGCCGUCCUACACGCUCCCGCGCCUGAAGCCGCCCGGCCAGAGGCCCCCGCUCUCCCCCAGGCUGGUGCACCGGGAGGGGGCCGUGUGCACCCGGUGGCAGAUCCCCCGCGCCGCCCCCAACCCCCCGACACACACGCAGGCGCACGCGCACAUACACACGCAGAUGCAGGCGGGCGGACAGGUGUGUGUGGCGGCGGGCGCUGGCGGGGAGAGGAGGGAGAGGCGCGUCAAGCUGCAGCGGCAACCUUCCAGAGCAUUCCGUCCCAUCUGGGACCAGCCCUAUAGGCAGGGAGACGAGACACCUGACAGGGACCAAUCACAAGCCCACAGAGGAGUGACGUCACAGGGGCAUUCAGGUUCCAACCCACAGAAGGACAGAGAUGGAGUGAGGUCCUCGCUGUAUGGCGGUGGGGGCAGAGGCACUCCUGUCGGUCCGCUGGGAAAUCGAAAUGUUUGGAACGAGAGCGAGGACAGCGAAGGUCCUUGCAGCACCGUCUAACACACACACACACACACGCACACAGAGCCGUCAUCAUGAUUCAUCCUUUUCCUUCAAAGCCUUUUGUUUUGUGUGGACACCCCUGACAUCUUACAUAAGUGUACAGACUAUUCAGGGACAGUUGGAUCCUAUUUGAACCCCACAGUCCUGCUUCAUAAUUCGACAAUCUGAAUUUUAGCCACCGGCAAAAAUAAACGGUGUAAUAUGUGCUCAACUCUCGACUGUAGAAAUAGUGAAUGGACAAUGCUGGACAACACAGGGACAGCUCUUCUGUUUUUCUCUAUGGGUGCCUCUCAUUCGUCUUUUAUACACCCUCCCUUCCUUCCUCGGUCCUCAUCCUCACUGAUCUACAUAAAGAAUGAUGGGGCGGCAUUGGGAUAGUCUAUCCAGUGUUAGUUAUAGAUCAGUGGGAACGAGCCUGGAGGACCGAGGAGAGAUGUUGAGAGGCACCCCCUGACUACUAGUUACCUGUAUGUCCACUCCACGUCACUCCCCAAUGUCAGUGUCUCAAGAUGAGUUUGAGUUUUAAAGGUACAGUCCUUGAUUCUGGCUAAACACACACCUCCCAACAGUACUGCUGAAGCGAUGUUUUUGAUUAGCUGGAGCAGUGAAUCGGUUGAUAUAAGCCACAUUGUUUCCCAGUUAAAGAGAGGACUAUGAACAGAUUUUCUUUGUGCACACAAACAUAACACAGCUAGGGGAGGGUUAUUUUUUUACAUAUUCACUUCGUUUUACAAAAAAAUAUUAGAUUGUUAUCAAGGACUGUGCCUUUAAGAUCCCAGAUUGUAUGUCCUGGCUCUGUGAUACAGUGCAACAGAUAAUAUGACUGAGAUUACAGCUAAUCUCACAAAACCAUCUUCAGCACACACACACACUCUCUCUCUCUCACUCACACACACACACACACCUCUCCUGCAUGGGGAAUAGAACUCAGAGAUGUAUAGAAUGUAUAAAAUAACCAUUAA